ACAGCUGAGCAAAGCUGGCUAGGCUAGGCUGGGCUAGGCUAGGCUAGGCUAGGCUAGGCUAGGCUGGGCUGGGCUACUCCUGUCCCAGCUAAGCUAUUCCCGGCUAGGCUAGGCUAGGCUAGCUGGAUGAUCCGUAGGUGUGCCGAGUUACGUGGGUCGGACAUCGGCAGGAGUUCCGCCCCCUCUGCUGCUCUCUCUGCUCAGCUCCCCGCUGCUUCUCAGCCCGCAGCUCCUGAAGUCUUCUAAGAUGUCUCUGAGUGAGAAAAGUGAUGAGGAGAUCAGCAGUUUGUUGACUGAAUAUGGAAUCAAACAUGGACCCAUUGUUGGCUCCACUCGGAAGCUGUACGAGAAGAAGCUUGAGAAGGCGAUGAAGGAGGCCCCAGCAAAGCCAUCUUCUGAUAAGACGUACUACAGAGAGGAAGAGGAGGAAAUUACCUACGUCACAUACCACAGUCCGGCUCAAGAGGAGGUUUACACCAACGUCCUGAAACGACGAGGCAACGCUCUGCCAGGUGAAGAAGAUGAAGAUGAAGAUGAAGAAGAAGACGAGGAAUCCGACCAAGAUACUGAGCCUCCUGUUCAGGUGACCUACAGAGCAGCCAAUCGCAGCGCAAUACGAUCCGGCGGUCGGCCCGAAGCAGCGGCCAGAAAGACGUCAGGAGGAGGUCUGUGGAAGGUGAUUCGGAUGCUGCUGCUGCUAGCGGUGUUAGCAGCCGUUUGCUACUACGCCUACUGCCACCUGAUGAACAAUGAAGGAAACCCUUUUAAGCUUCAAUGAUCUGAUUCUGUAUCCGUUCAGGACAGACCUCCGCUAUCGUUGUUUACAGUUUUCUUCAUAUCAACGACCAACUGUUCAUCCAAACGACUUCAGACUGCGUUUGGUCAUGAAAACGCUAAAAUUCAAACUCAAAUCAUUCCAUUUAGCGAACACCGCUGAGAGACAGUCUUCCCUCUGCAGCUGUUUAUCUCACGGUUGUUUGUUAGUCGAUUCAACUGACAACAAAUUCAUGAAUUUUUCUCAAGAUUAUUUUUUUAUUACACAUACAAAUUACCCAAAAUGAAUAUCAAAAACUCACCUAAGUAGUCAUUGAGUAUUUUAACCUCAUUACCGCGUCGCUGCUGUUGUUAAUAUCAUUAACAGACUCAAUCAGAAAAACACUGGACCUCGAAUAUUAAAGGACACACGGAUUAAUUUAAUCAAUGAAUCAGUAUUUUGACUUAAAGUGGUUUUGACCUGGAUUCACUUCACCGCUGCAAAAUUUGGGUAUCAAAAUGGACAUUUAAAAAAACUAGCUACUUCCUGCCAAAGUCAGUGUUAAAAAAUCAAAUAAAAAUAAUCUUACAGGAGUAUUUCCAUUUCAGUGACGGUUUAAACUACAGCUACUCUACUCAGAUGGGAUGCAAAAGUAUUGCACAAAUAUCGAACAAACCAUCAAAUAUAAAUCCUGAUUAAAGAGUCUUCCCCCACGUGAUUUUUUUUGGCAACCAGGAUUCUUCCUCGCCUGUUUUUGCAUCAGUGUCGGGUAAACUAAAUACCUGAAACAGUAGCUCUAGUCACUAAAGUAGACAGAAAAUAUAAAACAGCAGGUAGAUGGUGUAACUUUGCAUUACCAUAAGAGCAGCAGUGAAGAAUUUACUGUACAUGGAGACACAUUUAAAGUGAUAACACUAAAACAACACAUUCUCCAUGUUUAUAAACCAAACAGCCUGUUUCUAAAGGUAAACAGGAUGGUGCUGUCUGUCUCAUAAAGCUCUGGGAUGCUUUCUGCAGCAGGCAUAUUCCAGUUUACUUUGCUUACAGAGCGCCACAUUGCUGACCUCUGUGUGAAAUACUUCUAAAAGUUUCUUGUCGUUUUGCUUUUAUUGCGUGUUGCAAAGUUUGAAGAAGGUCGGAUGAACAGUUAUUGAACAAACCGAACACACAAGCAGAGAUUCCUUCGUGUGUUAAUGAGAUGUCAUGGUUUUUUUCUUUUCCAUUCCACUACUUCUCCGUUAAUGUCUUAGUGGGGUUUUUCCUCAUUCCAGUACGGAGUUCCACUACUGUGGAGCCUAGAAACACUCUGGUAGAACAGUAAUAUGACAAUAAAGUUUUAAAUGCUGCCAAUAUUCUAUGUUUCUUAUACAGCGUCACCAAAUCCUAUCAAAUGACCAAAACGAGAGAAGUUGUAGUCUGCCUUUCCACGCCUUAUACAUAUUAUUAUUAUUGUUAUGUGCCAAAGAAAAGAUAAAAACAAAAACAGUGAGCUCCAGGGCUGCACUGGAUAAACACACCGGUUUAUUUGGGACCAUGCCGCCAUAUACUGUAUAAAAGAUGGACGUAGCCACAGUAACGUCUCUUUUUCUUGUGUAGAUUUUUUUUUUAAAGCCUUGAGUCAACAUUUAAGGGCUCGAGAACACUAUGCAAGGCGCUACAGUAGCGGUUUGUGCUAAGUGGAAUAGUGUGCACGUUUUGAUGCGUAUCGUAUGUAUUUCGAUACAUGAGAGAAACCGCAGUUUCCGCCACAACAGUACAAUAGCUGAGGUAUCAGAACACAGUUAGUCUUAAAAGUUAAAGAUGCACUUUGCUUCACAUUCAAAAAGGUUUCCCCCUGACCUUCAAAGCUGCUGUUGCCCUCAACACGUUCUCAAGGAAGCCUUGCCCUAAAACAUGACCUGCUUUAUCACCUAUUUUUAUCAUAAUUUACAAAAUUAGAUCAUUUUGUGUAUAAAAAGUCUCAAAACUAGCAACUGGCACCAUAAAUUUGUCAGGAAAAUUUUUUACUGUGGCAGUAAAUCAAGUGAGAAUUUGGGUAAUUUUCUGAUAUAAUUCGGUUUCAUUUUGCUACCUGAGGAGUCGCCCCCUGGUGGCUGGUUGAAAGUGUGCAGGUUUAAAGUACUAGUGAGUUGUUCUCACUUUUCAGACCUCAAAGCUACGUCUGUUUCUUAUUAUACGGUCUACAGCUGCUGCCCCAAAUACCUGUGCUUUAGUAUAAAUGCACUGCUUCCUCUAAUUAUUGCUAAAAAACAAAAAAAAAUACAGUGGCCAGUUGUUUUAGGAAAUUGCUGAGCAGUUUUUUUUAGAAAGUUUGAACAUAUUUAGAGUUAAAAAGUAGUCGGAGUUUGGGUUCUUUCAUGGGAUUUGUUGAUAGAGAUCAAGAACUUUCUUCAGGAAUAAUAAAAUGUUGUUUAAUCUUUGAGCGGUGCUGCUUUCUACUUUAAUUUCUUUGCUUUCUUCUUUAAAAUGUUGCACUAUGUUUUCAUGCCAAGCAUUUUUAUUGUGUAUUUGAUUUUUUUAUACAGCUGUACUCUUCACAGAUUUGUUCUUGUUUGUGAGAUGUUUACAUGAUAAUGUCAUGUAGUACAAAGGACGCCCGACUGCUGUUUAUGUUUUCUAAUAAUAUAAUCAGGAGUUUGCAAUAAAAUUACAACAAAACAUGA